CCGGAGAGCCUUACUGCACCCACACCUCACUAUCACCUGCCAUCCUCGUCCAUGUAGCUAUCCAGUCUACUCUUAAACCAAGCUAUCGUCGAUGCACUAACUAUGUGAUUGCUUAGUCUAUUCCAUUCCAGAGAGAGAGAGAGAGAGAGAGAGAGAGAGAGAGAGAGAGAGAGAGAGAGAGAGAGAGAGAGGCGGGCCACACCUGUCAUGGAGGUGGGCGGAGCUUGAGAGCCAGCCGUCAAAUCAGCGAGGAGUGCGGCGCAGGGCUAGAAAACCGUACCUACCUUCGUAAAUAUAUAAAGGAUGUAUAAAGGAAUUGUAAUGUACUGUAGUCAUGCCCUGCCUGUGAUUCUCCCGUCUCUUCCCUGCUGCAGGAUAAUGUCUGAGGGCGGCAGUCGGGGCGACGUGGCAAUGAGGGCGAACGAGAACGUCCACAGGUCGGGGGUCACGCCGGAGGAGAUGGCGGCCGGCUACGACGAGUGGUCCGAGAACUACGAGGAGAUGAUGAUCUGGAAAGGCGGGUACCGUGGCCCCGCCAUCACGCUGGAGGAGGCGCUGCGUUGGGUACCCCCGGAGCGGCGAGCCAAGGCCAGGGUGCUGGACGUGGCCGCCGGGACGGGCUGCGUGGGCCGCGAACUCCACCGGGAAGGCUUCAGCCACUCCCACAGGCACAUAGACGCUGUGGACCCGUCGGAGGGCAUGAUGAAGCAACGGGAGACUGGCAUCUAUACCAACGACUUCCUGGAGUUUAUCGGCAGCGGACACUCCACCGUGCCCAAAGACACAUACGACCUGGUGGUCACCUCGGGUGGUAUGGGCGAAGGUCAUAUCCCACUCAGUGGCCUCGACGACCUGGUGCGCGUCGCAAAGAACGGAGGCUUCGUGAUCAUCGUGAUGCGCCAUGAGCACCUACAGACCGUGCCUUCCUACAAGGACAAGCUGGAGCCUUACAUGGACCAGCUGGAGGCGGACGGGAAGUGGAAGAAGGUAGGGAGCACCGUUGCCAGAUUAUCGUACUCAGAGCAUAGUAUUUACCGUUUUUUGACACCUAACUAUUGCCAAGAAACAUCAGGAAUUAACUAUUUUAACGACAGAUAUAAAUGAAUUUAGUUAUUGAGCCCCAGGAGACGGUUUUGGGGUCGGAAGUUGGUAAAUAUAAGAGACUGAGUACAACUAUCUGGCAACGUUGGUACAAGAAAACAUUUACUCUAAUCAAGGUUUCUGUCUGGCGGGGCUGUUCACUGUAUGGGCGCCUGUCACGACACUGGUAUAAGGAGAUGGUCAGGAGCUGGCCAGCGGGAGAAGGUCAUGUAUUUGAAAUGAUGGUCAUAAU